AUGGUGUUCUCCAAGUUGACUUCGCGGUUCAAGUCCAGCGACGCUGGCGCUCACGCCGUCGAUGUUGAGGCGUCUGAUUCCGAACACUCCAUCAUUCGCGAUGGCGACCUCGCCUACAUGCUUGCGAAGGGAGGUAAUGGUUCAAAACCUUCGUACCAAGAGGCUGUUGGAGCGCCAGUCGAGAAGCACUCGCCGUUGGGAUACCACGUCGGAUGGCUUACCGUCAUCUUUCUCAACGUCAACCAGAUGAUUGGCACUGGUAUCUUUUCAACUCCCGCAUCCAUCUUGAAUGAUACUGGGUCCGUCGGCCUGGCUUUGCUCUAUUGGACCAUCGGCUCUCUGAUGGCCUUCGCUGGACUCAGCGUGUACUUGGAACUGGCUAGCUAUUUUCCCAACCGCAGUGGUUCCGAAGUCGUGUACCUCGAACAGGCGUAUCCGCGACCGAAGCAUUUCUUCCCUAUUGCUUUCGCUGUGCAGUCUGUCUUGCUUUCUUUCAGCAGUAGCAACGCUAUUGUUCUGUCUCGAUACUUGUGGAGGAUUGCCGGGAGAACUCCAUCCGCUUGGGAGCUGAAGGGUGUUGCUAUCGCCGCUUACACGUUCGCUGUCAUCUGCGUCAUCGCGCACAACAAGUACUCUCUCUGGGCCACAAACAUCAUCGGCGUGGUCAAGAUCAUCACUCUUGUUUUCAUUUCCAUCACUGGUCUCGUUGUCCUUGGCGGUAAUAUCGACCACAUCCCCGAUCCGACUUCCAACUUCCGAAACUCGUUCCAGGGAACCACGGACAAUGGCAACGAGCUGGCAUCUGCCCUGGUCAAUGUCAUCUUCUCUUACACUGGCUACUCGAAUGCAUUCAAUGUUGUCAAUGAGAUCAAGAAUCCUAUUCCAACGCUGAAGCGUAACGCGACAGUCUCAGUUGCCCUCGUCUCAUUGCUCUACAUGCUCUGCAACAUUGCGUACUUUGCCGCAGUGCCCAAGGCUGAAUUCAGGACGGCCAAAGAAAUUGCUGCCGCCGUGUUCUUUACCAAGGUCUUCGGCAGCGGACCUGCCGAGCAAGCCCUCAACUUUCUGGUUCUUCUAAGCGCCUUUGGCAACCUCCUCGCAACUUUGAUUGGCGCCUCUCGUGUCAUCCGCGAGAUCGGAAGACAAGGUGUACUGCCGUGGCCGGAGUUCUGGGUCAACACUAAGCCCUUUGGAACCCCUAUCGGACCCUACUUCCUCAAGUGGUUCAUGACAUUUAUCAUGAUUGUUGCCCCCCCUGCCGGAGAUGCGUUCCAGUUUGUUGUCAGCUUAAAGACGUACCCGGACGGCAUCUUCCACUUCGCCAUGGCAGUUGGUGUCUAUCUCAUUCGCACUCGACGCAAGCGCGCCAAUCUCGGACGUACUGAAUUCAAGUCGUGGCACGUAACAGUCAUUUUCUUCAUCCUUAUUCAAGUCUAUAUCCUUGUGAUGCCUUGGUGGCCACCAAAGGAUGGUCCGUACUCAGGUAGCGUCAGCUUCUGGUAUGCAACAUACUGCGUCGUCGGCAUUGCUAUCCUCAUUGUUUGUUUUCUUUAUUAUGCCGCUUGGAUGUGGUUGUUGCCCAAAUGGAAAGGUUACAGAAUCCGACCAGAAAUCCUUGAGGUUUCCGACAAUGGCGCCAACACGCAUCGUCUUGUUCAAGUGCCGCUCUCUGAACUGGCCCAAUGGGAUAGCGAGCACGAUGACGCGGGCAACUUACGUCGUAGACACGUUGAUUCGGAGAGGUCCUCCAAAGGUGAUGCUGACAUUGCGGCUAUUGGCCAUCAAGGGCCUAGCUUAUGA